GGGGCGUGGUUUGGAGAAAGGGCGCGCCGAGUGUCGAGAGCGCGCAGAGUGGCCACGGCCUUGGACGCCGUUUCGGUGCCGGGAGGAGCGGGUCUGCUGCGAUCCCGAUCUCAGCAAUGGGUUGUUGUGGGUGCGGUGGCGACGAGGACUCAGUUCGACAAUGGAAACCAUUGAAACAGCGCAGCUGUACAGAUGUCUUCUGGCUGCUGAUAUUCAUAGUGUUUUGUGUUGGCAUGGCAGUCAUUUGUGGCUUUGCAAUAGCUUCUGGAGCUGCACAGAGAUUGGUGUAUGGUUAUGAUAGUUAUGGAAAUAUUUGUGGUAAUAAGAACACAAAAAUCAAAGAUGUUGCAAUGAGUGGUCGUGAUCUUACAGACCAAAAAUAUGUCUUGUUCUUUGAACCAUGCAACUGGGAUAUUCAACAGCUGAAAAUCAUCUCAGUAGCAUUGUGUGUGACUAAGUGUCCAGAUAUGGAUCUUAACUCAUUUAUGGAUGUUCAAAAUUUUGCAAAAAAUAAUGGAUCUCGCCUUUGCUUGUACGAUCUGGAUCCCAGUCAGUAUAUACCAAAAAAUUCAAACUCCUGCCCUCAACUUCCUGUUAAAUCAAGUAAACCUAUGCCAUUCUUCCAUCGUUGUGUCCCAGUGGAUGGUGGCUGCAAAAUCAAUAUUAAGGCUCUGACCACCUUCAUCAGUUACAAUAGUGUGUUGCAGAGAGUGAUUACUGGAGUAAUGACCAGCAAAGAAAUUAUAGUGGGACUUUGCUUAAUGUCUCUAGUAUUGUCGAUGUUGUUAAUGGUAGUAAUCAGAUACAUCUCCAAAGUGCUAGUUUGGAUCCUUGCAAUUCUCACAAUUAUUGGUUCAAUUGGUGGCACAGCUGUCCUUUGGUAUUUGUAUGCUGAUCAUAAAAAAGCACUUCAAAAGGGGCCGAAGCAGAAUGAUGUGGGUGAAGAUAAUGUUAAAGCCUUAUUUGUGUAUGCCAUUGCUGCAACAGUUAUCACAGUUGUUUUACUGCUGUUAAUGCUAAUAAUGAGGAAGCGUGUGGCCCUUACAAUUGCCUUGUUCCAUGUGGCAGGAAAAGUGUUCACUCACAUUCCACUUCUCAUGUUCCAAUCACUCUGGACCUUCAUUGCCUUGGCACUUUUUUGGGUCUAUUGGAUUGCAGUGCUGCUGUUGUUGGCCACAGCAGGCUAUCCUGAGAAAGAAGACAAAGGUUAUGUUGAAUUUAAAGUUUCUGGCCCUCUGCAGUACACUUGGCUUUAUCAUUUAGUUGGCCUCAUUUGGAUCAGUGAGUUCAUACUGGCCUGUCAACAGAUGACUAUAGCUGGAGCUGUAGUAACUUACUAUUUCACAAGAGACAAAAAUGACUUGCCUGCAACUCCAAUCCUAUCUUCCAUGCGUCGACUAAUUAUGUACCACCUGGGAACAGUAGCCAAGGGUUCCUUCAUCAUCACCUUAAUAAAGAUCCCACGAAUGAUCCUUGUGUACAUUCACAGCCAACUCAAAGGCAAGGAAAAUGCCUGUGCAAAGUGCAUGCUGAAAGCAUGUAUGUGCUGCCUGUGGUGUUUGGAAAGGUGCCUGCUCUAUCUCAACAGGAAUGCAUACAUAGCAACAGCCAUAAAUAGUACCAGCUUUUGCACAUCUGCCAAGGAUGCCCUUGUGAUUCUGGUGGAGAAUGCUAUGAGAGUGGCAGCAAUAAACACAGUUGGUGAUUUUGUUCUGUUACUGGGAAAGCUACUUAUAGUGUUAGUCACUGGUUUUAUUGGGAUAGUACUUCUCAACUACCAGCGUGAUUAUACCGUGUGGGUCCUCCCGCUCAUCAUCAUUUGCCUGUUCGCCUUCUUUGUGUCACACUGCUUCUUGUCCAUUUAUGAGAUGGUAGUGGAUGUCCUUUUUCUGUGCUUUGCUGUUGACUGCAAACACAAUGAUGGGAGUCCUGGUCGAGAGUAUUACAUGGACAAAAGUUUGAUGGAAUUUAUGGAUGAGAGUAAGAAAGCAAUGCGAUCUGUCUCUGGUAAUAGAGCUGAAAUGAAGUCAAUGGCCUCUGAAGCUCGUAACGCUUGAUUUCAGGAUAUCUAAGGAGCACAGGCAAUACGUCACUUUUGUACUUUUGUGUGCAUUCCUAUUAACCCUCAAAAGGCAAGGGCAUCUGAUGGUUCUUAACUGUGUUUUGUUUUGAUAAAUUUUGUUUUUUUUUCAACUGGAGUGUUGCCAGUUUGCAUUGACAAGGAACCUAAUCAAAGCAAAACACCUUGGCUUUAGCUAUAUAACUGAAAAUGUCCACUAACAUUUAUGGGGGGAAUUGCAUAACCAUUUACUGUGCAAAUUUGGAAAUUGUGACCAUUUUUUGUAAAUCUAUAUUUUGCUCUGUAGAUAUCAUGCACUCAUUUUGUAUGCAGAACCUGCAGAAUAUUUUAUAUGACAGCAGUGCUGUAGUACUUUUUAAAAUAGCAUAAUGGUAUUUAAAAUCUUUGCUCUUUGUUGCUUGUGCAGUACACUGCAGUCCUGUUGCAAUAUUCCUAAUGAAAUUGCUAUACUAAAAACUCAGGAUAAAACUCUCAGCUUUUUAGUAACUCUUUUUGUCAGGGAAACUGUCAGAACCUUGGGGUUUCCACAGCUACUAAAUGCUGCACAUGGAGAAGUUUUGCAAGUAGAAUGGAAGAUUGUUCAUGAAGUGUAGACUUGAAACAUUACUCUGCUUAAGCAGGGUUCAUUCAACAAGAAGGUGAACACUAUAGAUAAGCAAUCUCUUUUACUUCAACUGAAUUUUCUGACCACAGCUUAAUUUUCACAUUGGAGUUGUCACUUGGUAAAAGCAGUGAGACAGCUGGGGAGAUCUGGUAACUUGGGACAACUGAGUUGGCUGUGCUUGGGGGUGGAGUGGUGAUAUCCAGCAGUUGUUGAAAGCCACAGCCUUUUGAAUAAAAAUGGGAACUUAUAGAGAUAUUUAAGAUUAGGCAGCAGCUGUGGAGAGAGGGGUUAGAAACAUGUUAUUAACAUUAAAUGUUAUGUUUCACCUCAUCUCAAAUAUUUUGCUUUAUUCCUUUUUAGUUUCCCAAAAUAAUGUAGAAAAGUCACAUAGAAGAAAACUAAGUUGAUACACCACCAUAACCCUGCUUUAAAUUAUCAGUACCUUCUGUCCUUAGUUUCUCAAUAGUGCACAAAUGGUAUAAUUCUGCUGAUUAGUCAGUCCAGGGCUCUGGAGUUUAAUGGAUUAGGAGAGAUGGAAUCUGCGUAGCUUGCUCGUGCAGAGACCCUUCCCUGUCUUUGUGUUUAGAGUUUAGUUAUUAUUUUACCACCACCUUAAUAUGUUUAAUCUUUUAAACCUUUAGCCACGAUGGCUGAUGGAAAAUCCAUGAGGUCAUGUGCACCAGAAGCAUUUCUAUUCUCUGUUCGGUCCAGUCCUCCUCUCUGACCCUCUUAAUUUACCCCUCCAGCUAGACUUCCUGUUUUGUCUUCAAGGAAUCAAUCGUUAGUCCCUCCAGUGCUUUGUCUGUUUUUACUUAUUCUUGUAUCAAGCAUCUUAGAGUUGUGGUCAAAUAAUGUGGCACAGUGGAGUUAUCAGCUUAGUGAAAUUAAGGAUGGCUUUAUUAAAUCAGUAACUUUGGCCCUACUGGAAUUGUACUGUAAUAUAAUCAUUAGAAAACCAAUAACUGCAGUUAAUAUGAAGGGUGAUCAUGUAAAUGUUUUAUUAAAUAUGAGUAUUGAUAGCAUAUUUCCUUUUUAUAGAGAAAAGCAAAACUAGAGGCCAUUAUCAUAAGAUAGAAAUCUGAAAGGGAAUCCAAAAGAGGCCUCAAGCAUGUGAGAAUGUAGACUCAUUCCCGUUGGGUGUGAUUAAGGUGUAUAACUCAUACAUUUAUGGGGAAGCUGGUCAGGCAUAAGAGGAGAAAAGGGACUAGGGACCACACUGGAAAAAUAGGAAGAGGCUUGAGUGAAGUUUUAAUUUUUGGGCCUCAUCUCCUACUUCCAUAUUAUAUAUCCUAUGUCAUAAAUUGUAUUCCGGACAGUAUGAAACUUGAAUUGAUUUUUAUUAAUUUGUUUGACGUUCUAGAAUUGUGCUGUAAAGAUUUUUUUAAAGUAAAGCGUGUAACAACUGCUACAGUUUAUGAAUGCAUUUCUAAUGUGAUUUGAUAAUAUCUGAACUAAUGUCACACUCCAGUCUUGAUUUCCAGUUGUAUUGCUGGGCUUUGGUGUCACUUGUUGCCGGAGUAAACCAUUGAUUGUUGCAGCACUUCUGAAGCAAAAGCUCAACAGUUCAGAAUAAUGCAUUAAAACUAAAUUAUUUAUCUGUAGUAUUCAUCUAUCUUUUGUGAAAUCAGGUGUACAGUCAGUUCCUAAUUAGUGUACCCAUGAAUACAAUUGGGAUUUAUUUCACUGGUGAUAGGAAUUUUUAGAUUAAAAGAAUCUUUAAGAUGACAUUAUAAGGGACCAAACUAAAUUCAUUUUCAGGCAAAUUUAUAAAGUUUUUUUUAACAUGUUGACUUUUCAUGUUUCAUAUGACUGUCUUGUGUCAAAUAAUGAUAUCUGUGGAAGGUAGAAAUCUGGGUGCUUCGUGAGCACUUGGAUCCAGUGAAAUAUAUUUGCAUUCAGUACGCUGUCUGGUCUGUUUUCAUUGGCUCCUCCCGUUGUAAAUGAUACGAGCUUGAAAUGUAAUAUUCCAAGUCAGUUGUUUUUAAAACAUCUGGAAUAUGCUAUUGACCAAAUCGUUGGAGAUUGCUCAGGGUGAAUGUUUUCUUCAAUGUGCCAUUGGCAAAUUUUACAGAGAAUUUAGUGUAACAGAUUAUUUUUGUGUUUGCUCUCAAGUUGUCACCUGUCAUUAGCAAUGUGCCACACUGACUUUUUUUAAUAUUAUGUAGUUUAAAUUCCUGAUGUAUCAUUUUUUUAAUAUUUGUAUAUUAAAAU